GUUUUUGCUUUACAUAACCUCCAAAAAACAAACAUUUCAUUUGGGUUUUUGAGGUUAUUUGUGAUGUAACCUCAAAUUUCAAAAUAACGUUUUCAUCAGAGGGAAGAAUUAAACGUAGCAAAACAAUUCCAAAUGACAUUAUUAUCCAAUGUAAGAACGAUUUGGAUUUGGAAUGUUCAGCAAUCAGAACUGUAUCUGCCCGAAUCUCAGGAAUCUUAAGCGAUAAGCCUAAUGAUUUUCCACAAAGUUUUACGAACUUUUGUUGUUGUUGUCGAGCCACGCGAGUCGAUUUAAUUUCGCGCUCACGACUCUUGGGCUCUUUAACUCUUCUAUCAGUUGUCUGGGGCAUUGCGAGCUGUUCACAACAAAUUUGUCCCCGAGACUUUGGGGCAGGCGCUUUGAUAUCGCUGCAGCUGUAGGCAAUUCUUAUCUCCAGUUGCUUCCUGUGACUAUUUCUUGUGCGUGAGGGAGAAAGUUUCAAAUGUUCAAAGGGAUUUUUUCGAUUUUUUCUGUUUAGUAAAAAUUUCUGGCGCGCAUUUUGAGAUUUGUGACCCAAUGCAAUGAAAUUUCGAGUGGCUUUGUGUCUGGUGCUAGUGAAUUUGCUCGUGAUUGAAGCUCAAGAUCAGAGACCCAAUAUUGUCUUCAUUCUGGCCGAUGAUUUGGGCUGGAAUGAUGUUGGUUUCCAUGGUUCCAAUCAAAUUCCAACGCCCAAUCUCGAUGCUCUGGCCUAUUCAGGCCUCAUCCUCCAGCGCUACUACGUCACUCCGAUCUGCACUCCCUCCAGGGCAGCUCUCAUGACGGGAAAGUAUCCCAUCCACUUGGGAAUGCAGCACACUGUUCUCUAUGCGGCAGAACCUCGUGGUUUACCGCUCUCGGAGAAACUCUUACCUGAACAUCUUAAGAAACUUGGAUAUGUGAAUCACAUCGUCGGGAAGUGGCAUCUGGGUCACUACAAGAAAGUCUACACUCCACUCUAUCGUGGCUUUGACUCCCAUUUGGGAUUCUGGUCAGGUCGUCAGGACUAUUUCGACCAUACGUCCAUUGAGAAGCCCAGCUGGGGCUUUGACAUGAGACGCAACAUGGAUGUGGCUUAUGAUCUCCAUGGGAAAUAUCUCACGGAUAUCAUUGGGCAGGAAUCUGUGAAUAUUGUGAAGAAUCACAACACCUCCUCUCCUCUCUUCCUCUACAUUGCCCAUGGAGCUGUUCACUCUGGCAAUCCCUACAAUCCCCUUCCAGCUCCGGAUAAGAAAGUGGACACAUUCAGGGACAUUGAGGAUUUCAAUAGGAAAAAAUUCGCUGCUAUGAUGUCCUCCCUGGAUGACUCUGUGGGAGCCGUUGUGUCUGCUCUCUCGGCCAGAGGGAUGCUGGAGAAUUGCAUAAUUGUCUUUAGCACGGACAAUGGAGGACCAGCAAUGGGAUUCAAUCUCAAUGCUGCUUCCAAUUGGCCACUCAGAGGAGUUAAGAAUACUCUCUGGGAGGGAGGAGUUCGAGGAGCAGGUCUACUCUGGAGUCCUCUGAUUAAGAAGAAUCAGAGACUAGCCAGGCAGACCAUGCACAUCUCUGAUUGGCUUCCUACUCUCUAUGUUGCAGCCGGAGGAGACAUAAAAGAUCUAGGAGACGGGCUCGAUGGCAUGAACUUGUGGAGAGAACUCACAGAGGAUGAGGACUCCAAGAGAACGCACAUCCUGCACAAUAUUGACGACAUCUGGGGAAGUGCUGCUCUGACAGUCAGCAAUUGGAAGGUGGUCAAAGGAACAAACUACAAUGGCCAGUGGGAUGGAUGGUACGGUCCAGCAGGAGACAGAGAUCCCAUUAACUACAAUCUCAACGUCCUGAAAUCCUGCCCAACAGCCAGAAUCCUCCUGAGGAUGAAGUACUUCCCAACAGAUGGACAAAUCCGGAGCUUAAGGGCAGAAGCCAACGUGGAGUGCGAAAAGAAACUCCCCUAUUCCCCAAGUGACUGCAAUCCUCUGAAGAGUCCUUGCCUCUUCAAUGUCAAUGAGGAUCCCUGUGAACUGACCAAUUUGGCCAGCAAAUACCCAAAUAUACUGAACUCUGUCCUCGCAGAAUUGGACAAGUACAACAGAACGGUAGUUCCUCCUUCCAACAUGCCUCUAGAUCCCAGAGCUGAUCCCAGAUUCUGGGACAAUGUCUGGACAAAUUUUGGGGAUUAUAGCUUCUUCAGCCGGGACAUGAGACCAUCGGAAGUGGAAGUGAUUAGUAUAAUGCCUCACAAUCCUCACAAUCAUCACAAUUCAUCCCAAACUUAAUUUACUGCAAAUCCCAAGAAGCAUUUGACCCAUUUGACUAAUUAUAUUUGUUGAUUUUACAAUAAAAAUUUUUAAGUUAA